AUGGCGUCGUAUAAAGUUGAGCUCCUGACGUCCCCAGAUGACGCACCAAUAAUCGGCAGGAUCAAAACCGAAGCUUUCGAAACCAGCACGGUCUCUCGCUACUCUUUUUUAUGGGAAGGUAAUGGGAAAUCCGUGGUCGAAAAAUGGUAUAUAGAUCGCGAGGUGCAAGAUCUACAAUCCCCGAACCAAUACACCAUCAUUUCAGUUUCUGUGACCGAGGGCACUGUCGUAAACGGUGACUCCACCAACACCAGUGCGGGAAGCCCGGAGAAGAGCCAAAACAAGAGCGAUCGCAAUGCUACGGGCAACAAUUGGACAGUCGCCGCAUGGGCGAGGUUUGCAAUUCCACGUCCUAUGCCGAAGGCAGUUGAUGGCAUGCAGGAGGAACCGGAGUAUAAGAAGCAGAAGCAAUAUCUCAUGGACAAUCCGCCGUCAGGAAACCGUCCUGAGUUAUUCAAUGAGUUUCGAAAACAUAUGCAAGCGGCAAGGCAGAAAUAUUUAGAUGAGAGUAGGGAUUAUGUUCUUGAGCUUCUCGCUACAAGGCCCACAUGUGAGCGGCAGGGCCACGCUUCUCGACUGAUAAAGUGGGGUAUCGAGAGAGCGGAGGCUGAGAACGCGAGAAUCUUCGUUGAAGCCUCGCCGAUGGCACUGCCUCUGUAUGAGCGAUUGGGAUGGAAGAUAGUGGACACAUUCCGAAUAAAGCUGGCCGACUAUGGGAUUGAUGCGGAAGGUGAUGGAGAUGGGUAUGCGGUUAUGUAUAUUAUGAUUAGAGAUCCACAGGGCAAUACUGGAAGUGGAGAUGUGAUGAGUUGA